UGCAUUGACAAGUUCCAUUAGCUUACCCUCCUCUCAGGACCUCCUUUGCUCACAUUCUCUCAUAUCUCUCAUCCAAAAAUUAGAUAUCCUCCAUCUCUUGAUCACACUUUCAAUAACACUUCUACUGGGUUUUCAACUAUUUCUAUUUCCUUUCCAGUCAGUUUGUUUCAGAUUUAUUCCAGUUAAUCUUCAUUUGGGGAUGGAUAGAGUGAUAGGGUUGGCAAAAUAUGCACCAGUGGUGAUUUUCAGUAAGAGCUCCUGUUGCAUGUGUCACACUGUCAAGACUCUCUUCUACGAGUAUGGGGCCAACCCCACCAUUUUCGAGCUCGAUUUGGACCCACGAGGAAGAGAAAUGGAGAGAGCUCUCCUGAGGCUAGGAUGUAGCCCAUCUGUCCCAACUGUGUUCAUUGGAGGAAGACUCAUUGGUGGAACCAAUGAAGUCAUGACCCGUCAACUUGGCCAAUCUCCAAGCCUGAGAGAAAUGCUGAUAGAUGCUCGAGCUAUUCAUCUUUGAAGGGCUAAUUCUCACUAUUAAGCUCUGAUACCUUGUUAUAGUUAUGCCAUGAACAGUAUCGCCUUAGCUUGCUUUUUCAUAUUAUAAACACUUUUUGGUAGUAGCUAUAGUAAGAUAGGCAAAACAUGAAUACUCUAUAGAGAAUGACUCUUGGUUUACUAUGUUUAAGUGGUGCUUAUGCUUUGCACGUACCCUUC